GCGUCGUCACGGUCGAGACUGUGACACCCACGGACCCCACCUCGCCCAACACCUCCAGCCUCCGCCCCGCAAUUAACACUCCACAAAAGAAGCCGCAGCGGAGCGGUUGGUGCCAGGCUGAGCUGAGCCGCCACCGUCGCCACCGCCACCAACACCGCCACCAAUACCACCACCACCAACACCGCCACCACCAACACCGCCACCACCACUACCAACAUCACCAACACCACCACCGCCACCACCACCACUACCAACACCACCACCGCCACCACCACCGUCACCACCGUUACCACCACCGCACGCAGCUUCUCCGCAGCUUCUCCAUCACACAUUCACCGAGACGACUCCCACCACCCACCCACCCACACAAUCCCACUCCGCACAAACGACAGCUCCCAUCGGCGAGCUGGGCUACUACUGCUGCCGCAUCAACAGCAGCAGCAGCAACAGCGAUGACAACGACGACGAUGUCACUCAGCGUCUCGAGGCUCGCGUGCGACUUUCUGGACCGCCGGCGCACCCUGGCGUGGGCUGUCCUCGCCUCGGCCCUCUCCGUCGUGGGCGAGGUGCUGUACGGCGAGCUCGCCUUCGUGUGUCCCUGCAGACCCGGGGGCAGCAACACCACGGCGGCGGCCGUCGCCGUGGUCGUGCCGUGCGCGCUGCUGUUUCUCGGCGGCUGCUUCCUGCAGGUGGACACGUGGAGGGCGAUCCGAGGCUCGUGCCGCUCGUGCUGCGGCAGGAAAAAGGCCGAGGGCGACGCCGAGAGCGGUGAGAGGGAUUCGGGCGCGCGGGUGCGCGAAGCUCUUCUCGUCGUCUUUGCCCGAGCUCUGGUGGCCCCGAUGUCGUGGGCCGUGGCGGCUCUGCUGAGCGGGGUGUACUACGCGUGCGGCCAGAGCACCAGCGGCUUCGACUGGUGGAAGUACUCCAGCAUGAAUGGCCUCAAAUACCAGGUCGUGGCGGAGCUGCUGUACAAACUUCCGUGCGAGAAAAUCCUCCUGUCGGAAGCGAUCGACGUGUUGCAGCAAGCAAGCAUCCGCAAUGAGGUCCUCGCCUCGCUACGCUCCGAGUCGCAGCUCGUGGGUCUGGGCCUCCUCGCCGGGCUCGUCGCGUUGGCGGCGCUCACCGUCUGCAUCCUCCGGUGCAAGUCUCCGACGAGCGAGCGCGAGGCGAGCUUCGUGGCGCGCUACCGCGCCGUGGAGCGCCGCGUGUUCGCCGACGAGGUGGACUCCCUGGCGCGCGCCCUCGCCGAACAGCAGAGCCGCGCGGUGCUCCUGCACGUGCGCGCCGCCUUCGAGGGCACGGCGGACGAGAAGGGCCGACGCCAGGUGGAGGCGCGCUGGCGGGAGCUGUCCGCCGUGCAGGGGGUGCUGAGUCGGGACGGCGGGCUCAGCGCGCUGCACAGGUGCGCGAACAAGGACAUCGAGUUGACGGAGUACGAUGACCCCGAGAACGUCUACGCCAAUUAGGGAAGGGGUGGACGCGGAGGGACGGAGAGAUCGCCCCUUCCUACCCUUCACAAGAGGAAGGUGGAAGCACCCCGCCCCAAGCAAUGAGUUACACGAGAUCAUGUGUGGCGGGAACGUGGCGAUGCUGAGCGUCGCCAAUCCAGGCCUUCGCUUCUCAACGAGUCUUGUCCGGGUCGCUCGUAGACUGCAGUCGGCAUCGUGACUCGUAGCCACAACCAUGUUGGGUGGAUGCGGUGGUGUGCAAGGCAUGGACAUGGAUAGACCUGGCUGAAAUUAAGCCCCCAUCUGAACGCCAAUGCGCCAACGUGCCCAAUUUUUUUUUGUUUUCAAUCGGUAGAUAUAUCACCCUCUAUGACGUACGCAUGAGACACACGGAAACUCGUAAUGAAUUAAGAAAACAUGGGGAUUUACAUUGGGAUGACGGGAAGAAUAAUGUGUAGGUUAGAUAACACGCAUAAGUUUAAUACAUCGGACUGACUACGGAUACGAGUAACUGGGAUGGGGGACGGAAUGGGCUCGUGUGCAGGAGCGAGACGGAUUGUGGCCACGCAAGAGAUAGGCAACGGCUCGGGAGGCAUUCAUCCAGCAGUAGAUAGGCCAUGGCUGAUUAUUAAAAAGUGAUGUGUUCAGGGGUAUGGCACUCUCACCGCAGUGAUAUUAGUCGAGUGUGCUUUUGUUGAUGCUACUGGGAGGUGAUUUUUUUAAUGUCUUGUUUUUACUGUGUAGGGCAGCCCAGGAUACACAGAACAGAUACAGAUCCACCGAAGCUGUAUAUUUUAUUGUGUUGUAUCUUCAUUUAAAUGUGCGAAAGGUGGUUCCUUUCGAACAUAAGAUUUGUGUGAGUCUUUUUUUCUGCAUUAUAUUCAAUUGUGCUAUCAGCGUCAUGUUACGAGACAAAUUAAUUUCCAUUCUGAUCUCUAGCGGACAGUAGUGCAUCACGUAGUGCAUCACCCUGUGUGAUUUAGCAGCCUCUGUAAACUACUCCUGAGAUCUCUUCAACCGCCUCUUAACCACAGGAGGGGAACAGCACUUUCUCACGUGCUCAUCUUCCCAAUUUGUGAAAGGUCAAAAGUGGCCGUUGUCUAGAAAUGACCCCUGCCUUAACAAUGUCGAAUAAGCACAAUUUCCUAUUGCCUUUAACAGGAAUAAGCACCACACCACAGUGAUUUGAUCUUAAAGGCAAUUGUUUUUUACGUAAGACAAAGUCAUUGUAAAUUACAUUGAGGUGUCCUGUGGUAUUUACCCUUGCAUUUGGUAGCUGUUUCGUGCCCAAGUCUGUCUGUGUUGGACAUCUCUGAUGAUGAAAUAUAAAUUAAUGUUGGUCCAUAACUAAUGUCGGUGGCAUAACUCACAAAAAUAAAGAAUAUGGUACAAAUUUACAAUAAAGUGUAUUAAUAGAUGAACCAAAGUUAUUUUCCUGAUUUAAAAAGUGGUGUGUACUGCGUUUCUUUGCUCAAACACGUGAUGAGUGGGACUCAUCUCCACCGGCAGAACUCAGCCAGUGGUGGGAAUUCCAUAUUCCCAUGACAGGGGCGACUGUUGUUUCCCCACAUAAUAGUAUUUAUUUUAUCGGGUCCCCAGGGAUGAUCGGCGGAGUUUAUUCCUCGCUGAAACUUUAACUUACUUCCCAGUGAUUGUGAGUGACGCACCCGAAACACGGAGCCAAUCGUCAAUAUGUGCAUAACGUGUGGCUUAAUUGAAAUCAUUAGUGAUGUUCUGAGACCCAGUGAAUGGACAUCUUAAGUUCAAGAGGCAACAGAGUGCCAACCACAGCCCCUCUGGCAGUGAUCAUUACGUCUAUGUCCACAUGCACCAGCAUGAAGCAAAACCCGGGCUGGAUGAAGCUAUUUGUUAUGGAUUUGCCGACGAAUUAACAAUAAUGAGUACAUAUUUUAAAAACAAAAACAGACCACGGAUUCAACAUUUGAGGAGGGGAGUUGUUGUGCUUAUGGUGUCACUCGACCAUGUGCUGUCAGCUCACGUUACAUGACUUGAGAUUCUGUUUCACACAGCAGGUGUGGCCACAACAGGUAAAUGGAGAAUACAGGUUUUUUUUUUAAACCAGGAAUGUCCCACUGAAGCACCCUGGCCACAAAUGAUAGCCGUUCAACGAAGUCGCUUAUCACGUGAAAAUACAUAGCAGCCAAAUACUCUAAACGCAUACCAUGACAAGCAAAAGCUCGCGAGAUGCCAGCUAUACAUUAAUAUACAUUUUAUUUAAACUGAAAGAACCCCCAUGAGCUAUGAAGAGCAAAACGACAGAAUAAACAACCAUAAAAUAGCAGCAAUACUUUAUAAUAAAAAUCUACAACGGGUUCAAUUACACUCACACAUGUGCAGUUAUCACAUAAAUGCAAUCACAGUUGCAACUCACCGUUGCAAAUGGGGCUGCAGUUGACAUCAAUGGCGAGUUUAAGAGUGUUUACUGUUUGGUAAAUUCAGCAAAUUGAGAGAGGGGAUGCAAGGAGAUUCCAAAGUGGGGUGUCACAACGACAAACGCUUUGGCUCCAAGUCCUUUAUGGAUGCACCUUCGUGUUGCCUAUGUAUGCUAAACUUCUUUCGCACCGUACGUAGCCAACCGCAGUAAUCGUAGGUGCGGGGAAGGACAAGAAAAUAAAUACAAAAAGGAGUACUUUGUUUUGUUUAUUCACUUCAUGAAUAAUAUACAAUACCAUAUUAUAUUAACUCGGGCCCAUGCCAACCACGCUACAGCGGUGUGUACAGCCAUGGUUUAUGGGUCACGACGGUGAUCCUUUCAAGUGAGUCUUGUUAUUAGGAUCAUACAGUUGUGGGAUUAUGCCAUUGCUAUUAUUGGGAUCGUAAUACAGAGAUGGAAGGGGCUUUGACAAGCGAGCGACCCCAAUUAGCGUCGAUCCUCUCUCAACACUUCACAUUGCGAAAUUAAAAGCGGGCCAGUGGUUAGAAGCAACACUGUACAUACUGAAGCUGCCUGUACUGCGACUGCUGGGGAAUGGUGUCAUUGAAAACACAGCACUUUAAUGUGUUGAACUAUCCCUCCUGGGCAAUUAAUCUAAAUUGUAUUAUGGUUGUUAUUGUUUGACUUGCAUCACACUGGGAUUGUUACACACAGCUGUUUAAAAAAAAAGAUUUGCUGGUUUAUCCAGGAUGUUUCUGUUGCGCGUCGUCGCUUUAAGAUGUUCUCCGUUCAUAUUUUGUUUGUUACGGUU